CUAACUGACCUAAAGAAAGUGAAUUUUUACUAGGAUUAAAUGUCAGGGAUUGUGAAACUGAGUUUAAAUGUAUUUGGCUAAGGUGUAUGUAAACUUCCGACUUCAACUGUAUGUAGAUGAGAUAGAUUGAGGGUGAUUUCUGGUUCUCUCUUUUGUCUCUCUCCCUUUCUUCAGACACCCCAAUGGUUAACUGUAUAGAAAAACAUGCUCACUUUAAUAUAUAAGUUAAACGUAGUUGUUUUUGUUGAUGGAUUGAGUGGUUUUUUGUGUGUUUAUUUGAACAAAAGUGAUCCAAAGCAUACUUGCUUUGGUACGAAAAACUGUGGUUGUGUCUGAAGUAUUUCUAGCCUACUGCUUCUAAUCAAAUCAAAUGUAUUUAUUAAAGCCCUUCUUACAUCAGCUGAUAUCUCAAAGUGCUAUAAAACCACAAACAGCAAGCUAAAAUGUACUAGCCAUACUACGUACGGAUAUACUAGUAAAACGCAGUAUUAGACGUUAAACAAAUAUCAACAUACUUGGCUCAAACGACAGGAAAGAAGCAGCGGACACUAGCGGCUGUUCGGUCACAGUUUCUGACGGACGUUUUAUGGUGUUACACAACAUACCGGUACGUCCAUUUUCGUUUGUCAAACUGAACACAGUGCUAGCCACCAGCUAACAAAAUGAGUUUGUUUUUGGCCAAAUUGUCAUGCAAAAGGGACAUAGACGAGGUAAUAAAAACUGUCGCUGAAAAGGUUUUAGUUCUUCGGUUUGGAAGAGAUGAAGACUCGGUCUGCCUGCAGCUUGACGAGAUUCUGUCCAAAACCGCCCACGACCUGAGUAACAUGGCGUCUAUCUACAUCGUGGAUGUGGACUCGGCUCCCGUCUACACGAGAUACUUCGACAUCAGCUACAUCCCGUCUACCGUCUUCUUCUUCAACGGACAACACAUGAAGGUUGAUUAUGGGUCUCCAGAUCACACCAAGUUUGUGGGCAGUUUUAAGACCAAGCAGGACUUCCUGGAUCUGAUCGAGGUGAUCUACAGAGGAGCUAUGAGAGGGAAGAUGAUCGUCAAGAGUCCCAUCGACCCUCAGAACAUCCCUAAGUACGACCUGCUCUACCAUGGGAUCUAACCCCAUCACGACCUGCUCAACCAUGGGAUCUAACCCCAUCACGACCUGCUCAACCAUGGGAUCUAACCCCAUCACGACCUGCUCAACCAUGGGAUCUAACCCCAUCACGACCUGCUCAACCAUGGGAUCUAACCCCAUCAAGACCUGCUCAACCAUGGGAUCUAGAUUUCACCACGAUUCCCCACCCUUCAGCGCGGUUUCAAGCACCCUGGCUGCAGAUCUUGUCUGGGGGGCCUUCAGCGCGGUUUGAGCGCUCAAGCUGCAGAUGUUGUCUGGGGGGCCUUCAGCACGGUUUGAGCGCUCAAGCUGCCGACAAUUCAUGGGAAAAGAAAACGUCUGACCAGCACAGAACCGAUUGGCCCAGCACAGAACGGAUUGGCCCAGCACAGAACCGAUUGGCUCAGCACAGAACCGAUUGGCCCAGCACAGAACCGAUUGGCCCAGCACAGAACGGAUUGGCCCAGCACAGAACCGAUUGGCUCAGCACAGAACCGAUUGGCUCAGCACAGAACGGAUUGGCCCAGCACAGAACGGAUUGGCUCAGCACAGAACCGAUUGGCUCAGCACAGAACCGAUUGGCCCAGCACAGAACCGAUUGGCCCAGCACAGAACGGAUUGGCCCAGCACAGAACAGAUUGGCCCAGCACAGAACCGAUUGGCCCAGCACAGAACGGAUUGGCCCAGCACAGAACGGAUUGGCUCAGCACAGAACCGAUUGGCCCAGCACAGAACGGAUUGGCUCAGCACAGAACCGAUUGGCUCAGCACAGAACCGAUUGGCUCAGCCUGGACAAUUGUGGUAUUGGCGUUAUCAAGAGACACCACUGCAGCUGGCGCCAUCUCACUUCACCAUUCUGAUGUAGUGUUUAGUGAAACUGUCCAUAACGUGAGGUUUGAUAUUUCCUAGGGAAAUAGAUCUCUAUAAGAGACACAGGUACAUGUCAGAGUGGACAAUCCUUUAUUUCAUACAAUGAAGACUCGUUGACAGCUGGACAUUUCUUGUUGCCUCUUGUUUAUAGUGGGAAUGCUGAAUCUAAUGUAUGUUUGGUGACAAGGUCUGACCCCUUUUGAAAUGUGUUAAUAAAUGUGUCACUUCAAAUAA